GAUUAAAUAGCAGAGAAAAAGGAAGUUCUACGGCAAGCAGUCUCUCGGAGUCCUAACUUUGUCAGAUGGCCGGCUUCCCCACUCCAAAACAGUCACAGCAGCUGGCUUCUGCCCUGGGGAAGUGAAGCAGAAUGCCAAGGAAAUAGAGCCCAUCCUGUGAGCCCUGUGAGAGAAGAGGACAAGCUGAGAGCAAGGAGGUGACUCGGACCUCCAGCUGAGCUCCAGGAAGGGGAUUGUCCUCCUGAGAUCAUCUUGGCCCAGCUGGGUACUGAAGAUGGAGGGAACCUGGAGGAGCCUCUUCAUAUUCCUUCUGACUAAAUCCUGCACUUCCACAGAGAGUGACAUCAAAGAAAACAUUCCCCUUCAGACCCUAAACUGCCAUAAUGACUUCACAAGUAGGAUUAUCUGUCAGUGGGAGGAGGUAGCUGAUGCUCAACGCUACCUCAACCUGACUCUUUAUCGCCAAGAGUACUCUAGCUAUCCACCAAAUCCAGUAUCCUGUGAGCCUGGGGAGAACAUAACCUUCCCCACCUGUCAGUUCCAAUCCUGCAUACCCAGAUCGUGCCUCAUUCGCCAGACAAUUUUUGUCUCAAGUCAGAAAGACAUCUUUAGCUUCAGAACAGAUCCACCACUGCAGGUCCAGCUCAACCUCAACCUGACCCAGAAUGUUCUACCACCUGCCCCAGAGAAUCUCAAGAUUAUGAAAAAUGGAACCAAAGCCUUCUUGCUUUCGUGGGAGAUGCCCCAAAGCUGGAACCAGAGUCUCCAGGAAUUCCUGGGGGGCCUGAAGUUCAAGGUGGCUUACAAGAGGCGAUGGGAAUCCUGGGAGGAGGCUUCUACAAUGGACUCCUCCGAGGCCCAUGUUCUCCUGGAAUAUGACCACCUGAUUCCCAAUGACCCCUAUGUGGCCCGUGUACGGGCUAUAUCAUCUGCAGGAUACUCUAGCCCAUGGAGUCAUGAGUUUUCCUGGAACUCACAGGAAGGGAAUGCAGCCCAACCCAAGAAUCUUCAGUGCUUCUUUGAUGGACACAAACAGCUCAGUUGCACCUGGGAAGUGAGAGCCGAGAUUACCAGCUCUGUCACCUUUGGGCUCCUCUACAAGGCUGGUUCACAUGAAGCGAAGGAGUGCAUCCCUGUGUACAAAGAGAGGAUACUGGGCAGCCCCUACAUACGGUACAGAUGCCAAACUGAAGUCCAGGAUCCCAUCAACCAAAGCCAAUACACAGUCACUGUGCAAAGCAAAGCGGAGAAACAUCUAAGAAGUCACAGUCACAUCCAGCCAUCAAAACCAGUUAUUAUGGUCAAAAAAAUGGAAAACAGUUACUACCUUCAAUGGAAAAAGCCCUUGCCUGAGCUAGUACAGAAGUAUCAAGUUCAGUACAGGACAUCCACUCAGACUUGGGAGGAAGCCCACAAUGAAACCUUGAAGAUUAUCCUAGAAAUGAGCAUCUCCAAGACUUCUCUGAAGCCAGACACACAAUAUUUUGCCAGGGUGAGGGCAAGGGUUGAGCAAUCACACUACAGCGGGACAUGGAGUGAGUGGAGUGAGGAAUGCUCCUGGAAGACAGAAAGAGUCUUUCCUUCAUGGAUCCUGGGGUUGUUGCUGAUCAUCAUCACACUGCUGAUGCUGCUGGGGGCCUGGUUCUGUUAUACCCUUGGGGUCAGAUUGAAGAAAGAUUGGGAAAACAGGAUUCCCAACCCAAGUAAGAGCAACCUGUUCCAGAAAAAGAACCAGAAGAUUAAGCUUCCAGGUAACCUCUUUACUUUUAGCCAAGAGAGUCCCUGGGAGAGGGAGAGAAAAUGUUCUGUCUGCAGAGUGGAUUGGAUGGAUUCUGAAGAGAACGGGAGCUCAGUGAGCCAUCUGACUACUGUGGACCCCCAGGAUGCAUGUUCUCUUUCCUCUGACCCCGAGCCCCAUGAAGCACUUGGCCUGUUGCCUGAUGGGGACUUGAGCCUGUCCAGCUCCUGUAAAGUGCCUCAGCCCAACACCCUGACAAAAGACCCAGCAUCCGGCUUCGAUUUCAAUGGCCCCUACCUCCGUCUGCCCCAGAGCCACUCCCUGCCUAAUGUCUCUGGCCAGAUGGGACCCUGCCAGGCGGACGGGAGCAAGAAGCAGCCCUGUGGGUCCCUGGAGUAUUUUUGUCUGCCUCAGAGUGGGCAGGGUGGCCUUGUUCCUGUAGCCAAAUCAGCCAAACCAGGCAGCGAUACAAAGGAAAAGGAAACUUUGUCUGGUCUUCCUUCAAAUAGAGAAGCUGAACUUUGCCCACUCAGGGAGCAAGAUGGUCCCCCACCGGGGGAACUGAGGCAGGAGAACAACCUUAGUCAACUAGCUGCCAGCUCCAAAGCCCCCCUGAAAUUGGCGGGGGGCUCAGGCUACAUUGCCCCUGAAGACCUGGUGCUUGGCUCUGAGAAGGCUGAAAGUCUCCCAUCUCCUUCCACGCCUCCCUUACCUUGCUCAGCCCCUGAAUCCAGCCUUGAUCUUGGAUCUCUUCCAGUUCCCAGUCCUGAAAGGUUGGCAUUGGAGGGUUAUGUUGAGGCCCCUGCAAGCAUGAUCAGUGCUGAGGCCCCUCCAGAGCAUCUCAGCCCCUCGCCAGUUGGGACCUCAGCCCCAAAUCUCACAGAUGCCCAGCAGAAAGAGACCAUAACAGUGCUCCAUCCUGAUGGACCCAUUGUCCUGCAGCAGAUAGGAGACUACUGCUUUUUCCCUUCCCAAGGCCAGCCAGUGUCUCCCGGUAAUUCCCCUGAGAAAAUGGCCAAGCCCCAAGAUGUUAAGGGCAAGGAACCCCCAGGUCAGCCAUUGCCCCCCAUGCCAGCCAUCCAGUUCUUCAAGGCCAUGAAGCAUCAGGAUUACCUUGUUCUGCCAACAUGGGAUGGCAAUAGACCAGGGCAAGUGUGCUAAGGAAACGCCCUCAUAGUGGGGGUUGCCAGUGUCUGGAGGGCAAGUCCCUUCCUACCAUCUCCCCACUUCUCUAAGCUUUUUUAUGCCCAGAAGAAUGGAAGCCCUUUAAGGGUAGGGGACAAGACCUGAGUUGGAGUUUGUGGCCUCAGUCAGGCUAUUUCCCUCUCUGGGCCUCAGUUUCUUAUUGGUCUCAGAGGACAGACUAUGAAAUAUGCUUCCCAGAAUAUGAAGUGGGCUUAGAAAUGAAAAGAAGAAGAAUGGUCAAAGUCUCCGUUUUUCUGCUCUGAUACAUGACCAUCAGAGGACUUUCCCACUCACUGAUAAAAAAAAAUGGAUUCAAUUCUGAGAAUCAGGGUUUCUUGCUGAAAUAGGAAAAGAGAUGUUCUUUUCAAAAAUGUCGGAAGAAGAAAUAGCAGUGUAUACAAAACCAGAAGAUAAAAUCUUGAUUCUG